AUGCGGUACGUAGAGCCCGCUGCGCGUGGACUGGCGAUGGCGCAGCUGGUCGGCAUCGUAAUCGCAGUGCUGCUUCUGGUCACCAUCAUUGCGGUGGGGGUGGUUGUGGUGCUGCUGUGCUGCUGCCGCGACUUGCGUAGCAAUGCGACUGCGCCGAAGGAGGCAACGGACCCCGUGGCGCUCGUGUUUGCCGACAUCGAGAGCAGCACGGCGCUGUGGUCCGCGUGGUCCGAGUUGAUGCCCGACGCCGUGGCGACGCACCACCGGCUGAUCGCGAGGUACCGCAGCUACGGGGUGAAGACGAUCGGCGACUCGUGCAUGGUGGCAUGCAAGAGUGCGUUUGCCGCCGUGCAGCUUGUGCGCGAGCUGCAGGGGGUGUUUCAGCGGCACGCGUGGGGGACGAGUGCGCUUGACGACGCGUACCGCAAGUUUGAGGAGGGCGGGCGUAGGAGGGGACGGAGGGGUACGUGCCGCCGACUGCGCACCUGGACGCCGCGGUGUACUGGCAUCACUGGAGCGGGGUGCGGGUGCGUGUGGGGGUGCACACCGGGCUGUGCGACAUCCGGCGCGACGAGGUGA